GGUUACGAGCACAUAACAUACACUUGGUUAUGUUCUGUGGUUACGAGUCUCUAAUUGUCAUUAAAAUAAUGAUUAGUAUUACAUUAUUAUAAUUUUAAAUUAAUAUAAUAUGAUGAUAAAGAUCAAAAUAUAGCAACAGGUUAUUAACAAAAAAUGGAUAUUCAAAAUAUUAAAGAAGAAAUUGAUAUCUAUAAUAUUAAGGAAGAAGUGGUUGACCACGAUGCUAUUCUACCGAAUAUCGAUAUAAAACAAGACUUAAUUGACGAAGUAUCUAUGCUAAAAACUCAAAAGAUGAAUGAACCAAUGGAUGGAAUUUAUUCAAUCAAAAAAGAAAUAAAUGAUGACUCAAAUACUGCUAAAAUAUUUGAUAAUCAUGGGGGUACAUCUAUUAAAGCAAAAAAAAACAUUCCUGAUACACCUAAGAUGAAACUUGGAUAUAGAAAGCGAACUAAAUCAAAAGGACUAAUGAGAAAUGGGAUAAAUGUUCAACCAAAUCAUAUGGGGUUAGUGAUAUGUGUAUAUUGUGGUAAUUUAUUCACAAAACAAGUAGAAUUGUUACAUCACUUGGAGAUGAAUCAUUAUAUAAAAUACAACAGAUUUCAUAAGAUUCACCGCAAUAGUGAAAAUAAUACUUACCUUAUAGGAAAUCUUAAUAUGAAAGAUGAAAUUGAAAUAGUUGAUCAUGAAUUGAAAGUGGAGUUUCAAGAAACAACACAUCAGUUGGACGUGACUGAUAAUUUAACUGAUUCAAAAUCGUUUGUAGAGGAGAAAAGUGAUUCAAAUAAACAGAUGCAUAUUCACAUAGGAUCAGAGCCAUUUUAUUGUGUUAUUUGUUUGAGAACUUUUACACGUAGAAGUAGUUUAGGCAGACAUUUUCGUAUUCACGUCAAAGAAAAACGAUUCAAAUGUGAAUCUAAUGAAAUUGUUCAUAAAAUGAAUUUGAAUAAGUAUUUGCCGGUGAGGGAAAAGCCAUUUCAAUGUGAAAUUUGUUUGAAACCAUUUUCCCGUAAAAAUAAUUUGAUUACACAUAUGCGUAACCAUACAGGAGAAAAGCCAUUCAAAUGUGACAUUUGUUUGAAAACUUUUUCACAAAUGAGUAGUUUGAAGACACAUUUGCGUGGUCAUACAGGAGAAAAGCCAUUCAAAUGUGACAUUUGUUUGAAAACUUUUUUACAGAAAAGUGACAUAGAGAGACAUUUGCGUAGUCAUACAGGAGAAAAGCCAUUCAAAUGUGAUGUUUGUUUGAAGCCAUUUUCUCGGAAAAUUAAUUUGAAAGCACAUUUGCGAAGUCAUACAGGAGAAAAGCCAUUCAAAUGUGAUAUUUGUUUAAAAUCAUUUUCACGGAAUAUUAAUUUGAAGACACAUUUGCGAAGUCAUACAGGAGAAAAGCCUUUCAAAUGUGACAUUUGUUUGAAAUCAUUUUCAAGGAAUAUUAAUUUGAAGACACAUUUGCGAAGUCAUACAGGAGAAAAGCCUUUCAAAUGUGACAUUUGUUUGAAAAAUUUUUCACAAAUAAGUGGUUUGAAAACACAUUUGCGUAGUCAUACAGGUGAAAAACCAUUCAAAUGUGAUAUGUGUUUGAAAACAUUUUCACAGUUAAGUGGUUUGAGAAUACAUUUGCAUAGUCAUACAGGAAAAAAGCCAUUCAAAUGUGACAUUUGUUUGAAAACUUUUUCACAGACAAGUGAUUUGAAAAAACAUUUGCGUAGUCAUACAGGAGAAAAGCCAUUCAAAUGUGACAUAUGUUCUAAAACUUUUUCACAGAUAAGUGGUUUGAAAACACAUUUGCAUAAUCAUAAAUGAAACCUCUAGUUUAUAAAAA